AUGAAGUCAGGGAUCGUUCUUUCGUGGAUACGGACAGAAUUUGCACACUCCGGACCGACACUUGUCUUGGUAAACAGUCAAAACAUUCCGAUCAAGUGGAAAACAUUUCUUUACUGCUUCCAAGUUCAGCCAGUUUGGACGCCGAUUGAAAUCUUCUUCUGUGACGUUAAGACAAAAAUCCAAUCAGCAAUUUAUUUUUCAUCUCACGUUGUGGCUUUGGAUGAAGUAAAUGAUAAAAUGAAUCGACAAAUUGAUGAUGAUGAUAAGAGUGAAGAUGAUGACGUGAUCAAUGAACACCGUCUUGUCAAUAACAGCAAUAGUGGUGAUGGCCGAUCGCUAGAGUCUAGAAAUAAUCCGUUAUUAUGGAUUGGAUCUUCGGAGAAGCAAUUUUAUCGAGCUGAAAAUGCAAAUCAAGAGGAUAGCAUGAAAGCUAAGUUGAAUGCUUGCUAUCGAGAUGCUGUUGUUCAGGGGCUGAGUAAUAUUAACAAGAAACUGCGAAGUACGACCGAUGAUGAUGAAUUAAAGAGAAUAUUAGAAGCUGCUAGGACCAUUUUAACAACACCACUUAGAUUACAAAGGGAUUAUGUUAACAGCGCUGAAUUGCAACUAUUGGCUGCUGAAAUUUUACGAAUGAUUGCUGUUGAAAAAGGAAUAUCUGUGGCUACAUUUGAUGAAGAUGACGAAGACUUCAGAUACAGCAUUGAUUUAUACUCUAAAGGAUUUGCGUCAUUAAUCGGAGAUAUUAUUAAAAUCGAUGAGCCGGUUGCAUUACUGAGAGCAGCAACUGCAGCAAUUAAAAUUCAUUUAUCCAAUAGCGAUUUAUAUAUUGUACCUUAUGUAAAGUUUCAGAAGCUGAUGCCAAAACUCUUGCAACUAAUGCAGCUAGAUGACAUUGAGAUCCUAGCCAAUGUGUGUUAUUCUGUCAUUCAGUUACUGAAUCGUGAUGAUUACCAAAUUAUUUUAGAGGAAAUCACGAGAUCCGAGGCGAAAUUAGUCUCACGCCUUUUUUCGCUUCUCAGUAGUAGUUCGGCGAUAGUUUUGAUUCCUACUAUGAAUUUAUUAAUUAAGUUAGUUAACGUCAGGACUAACAUUUCUGGUAAACAACUAGCUCAGGUGGCUACGGUGAUGGUUGAGAGCUUUCGCUGGUGGGAUCGGGAGACUUUUUUGAAUAUGCUGGAUGAAGAGAUUUUGGUCCCUAUUUUAAGAAAUUUUUGCCAUUUUGUAAAGUUGCUAGAAUAUGGUGUGGUUGAAGUUGGAUGUAAUUUGCUAUUAUCACCGAAUAGAGAGCAUCGUGCUGGAAAAGAAAAGAUGGAAUAUGCAGCUCAAGUUAGGAUAAAAUCAAUGAAAGGUGCGCUCUAUAAACUCAAAGAACUGCGAGCUCCCAGUAGCUUUAUAACCCGAGAAGUUACAGCAGACAUCUUGAAGAAGCUCAAAAUAGAUUUAUGA